AUGUCAGCAAACGUUAACAAACCGACCGACCUCAAGCAGAAGGAGGCCGAUGUCAACCGCAAGCUCCAGCUCUACGGCAUCGUCUCCGCUUUCCAGGCUGGCAAGGUUCCCUCGAAUGACCAAAUCGAUGUUGCUCUCAACAGCUUCCUGGCCUCCAAGGCCCUGUCCAGCCCGUCCGAGAAGCUUUCCCCCGAGGGCAAGGCGCUAAUCGCCGACACGCGCGAUGUUAUCCAGCAAGCCAAGUACCUUUUGCUGUCCAAGAACCAGGGCAACCUGCUCCAAGACUUCAUUUGGCAGACACAAGAAUUCGACCCCAAGGCUGUCGAUGUUCCCGGUGCCCCCAUCAACAAGGAGGUGGCUCAGCAGCAUGGCGACAAGGCCGUCCAGGGUCUGCGCACCCUUGGCACCCUGUUGAUCACCAACGGCCAGUUCCGCAAGCUGCUCAAGGAUGCCAGUGUCCUCCUUCGCGACAUGGCUGGUGAUGCCGCCACCGAGGCCGCCCAGCGUGUCCGGCCUUCGGGUGAGGCCUUGGACCAGAUGGAUCGUCCCGCUGAGGACAACACAUGGCACGAUGCCCCCGACUUCUCCAAGGACAACUUCAAGAAGCAGGCUCAGGGUAUCUACAAGGGCUCGCCCGCUGAUGAUGCUCGCGAGAUUAUCAACGCCGGCACGCAGUCGGCUCAUCCACAGGGCUCCCAGAACCCCCAGGACCUGGCCGCUACCGCUGCCCGUGACCAGGCGCAGGGCACCAACUCGGGUGUCAACGCCCAGGGUGGCAUCAAUGCUGCUCGUGACGUCCUCCAGAAGAAGUACGAUGAGAACGUAGACCAAGAGACUAAGGAGAAGGCUCGCCAGCGUAACGAGGAGUACAAGCGCCGUACCAAGGAUUACUUCAACAAGAAGAUGCCCCAGGAGCGCAAGGAUCAGACCAUCUGGCGCUUGAAGAAGAUGGUGCUCGAAUGCCAGCAGCACCCCGACUACUCUCAGGCCAUCGAGACCCUCCUCAACCUUGCCGAGGAGUAUGCCGGACACUCGCGAUCACUUGCACAGGGCGGAAGUGGUACUGUCAAGGACGCCCGUGCUGGUCUCGCUCAGGCCGAGGCUGACCUCAAGACUCUUAUUGAGCGCUUCGCCAACGGCACCUCCACUGACGACCUCUUCGAGUCCAUCAACCAGAUUUACCGCGAUGCCGACCAGGAUCGUGAGUUGAAGGACUGGUUCAAGGCCAUGGACCGCUACGUCCGUCGCUGCCUUCUGGAGCAGGGCUACAUCCUGGACGACGAUUCCAACCAGGAGUGGAACCACCUGUACGACCAUGGCCGCUACCUCCUGCGCGAGAAGUACCGCGCCCACACCGACCGCGUUCUGGAUGAGAUUAAGUUCUUGGCCGAUCAGUUCGAUCAGGAUCCCCAGAACAAGCGCUUCGCCGAGUCUGUCCAGAAGCUCUUCACUGAUCUGGGUAACGAUGAGAACGGCAAGCCCACCUUCAAGCCUCACCUUCUCAAGGAUUUGUCUGAGGUCAUCAUCCCCUCCAUCUUCGAGAAUGUCGCCUACAUCCCCGUUCCCCGCAUCGAGUACAGCGACCCUCAGUUCGACGCCGUCAUUGAGAACCUCGUCCUCGAGUCUGACAACUUCAUGCCCAACGUCUUGGAGAUUAACAGCGAGAACUACUUCCUCUGGGGCCGAAAGAAGAUCGCCAACAAGCACAAGCAGUCCUUUGAAGUGAAGGUUGCUGGCAUUCAGCUUGAUCUUCGCGAUGUCGCCUACCACGUUAAGCGCAAGCAGGGAUUCCCCUCCAUCACCGACACUGGUGUUGCAGACAUCCUUCUCGCCGGCGACGGCUUCUCUUUCAAGAUGAAGCUGUCCUCUGCCGACAAGAAGGACAAGCAGAACUUCUUCAAGAUUGACAAGGUCGAUGUGGAUAUCAAGCACAUGAGCAUCAAGCUGAAGAAGUCCAACCACAAGCUUCUCUUCAGCAUCGUCAAGCCCAUCAUGCUGAAGGUCCUUCGCCCUGCGCUGCAGAAGGCUGUCGAGCAGGCCAUCAAGGACCAGGCCACCCAAUUGGAUGCUCUUCUCUUCCAGGUCAAGCAGGAGGCUGACCGCGCUCUGGACGAGGCUCGCUCCGACCCCGAGAGAACCCCCAACAUCUACAACCGUUACGUCACCGCCAUCCAGAAGCGUACCCUCCAGGGCAAGCAGAAGGCCGAGGAGGCUGUCGCAGACAAGAAGGUCAACGUCGCCAUCACCAAGGAGGAGUCCAUCUUCCCCAACAUCAACCUUCCUGGAGGCAUCAGCACCAAGGCUACCGAGUACAAGGAGCUUGCCCGCAAGGGAGAGCGUUGGGAGAGCCCGGUCUUCUCUAUCGGCAAGGCCAGCAAGUCCACCGACAUCCCCGAGGCCCCUCGCGUCGAGCGCAAGAAGCACGGUCUGCCCUCUCAGAACGGUGCUGUCAACGGCAAUCUUGGCGGCGACCUGAACGGAACCGUGCACACUCUCGGCAGCCACAACCCUGCCGUUGUUAGUGGCUACUAG